AACAGCUGGCAUUCAGCCUAUUUGUCCUCGAUAUCAUCUGGAGUGCUUGAUAUCCUUACAAACAUGAAUACACAUGCUGAAAAUAAUUCACCCUGUUGAUCAAAUAAAUUCAUCUUUACACAUUUCCGAAAGAGACGCUUGCACCCACACACACCCACCCACACACCCCUCCACUCAGAAUAAAUGUAGGAGGGGUUUGCUUGCGGUGCAGGAAAUGAUAAGUGUGUGUCUGGGUACUGGCUGUGGCCUCGUCGGCCGUAGCUGACGCAACAGAGAAAUGCAUCUAAUACUUGUUGAGUUUCAUUCUCUGGCUGACCUGACACCUGGCUCUGGAGUCACACAGGGGACCAACGGCCCUCCUGAAACACCACUGAUGACUGAGAGUUAAGAGCCCUUCCAUCUGAUUUACACUUCCUGUUACUAACCAUCAUGUCGUGGUCGGAGGGUGUGAACUCCACUCUGAACCUUGACCCCAACACCUCCUCCUCCCUGGUCUGCACCAACCUGUACGACCACCGCCCCGUCGCCCGCGUCCUCAUGUCACUCCACUACAGCCUGGUCUUCACGCUCGGCCUCCUAGGUAACGCCCUGGCACUGCACGUCAUCAGACCCAACCUGGCCCAGAUCAACUCUACCACGCUCUACUCUGCCAACCUGGCCGCCUCCGACGUCCUCUUCACUCUGGCCCUGCCUCUGAGGAUAGCCUACUACGCCCUAGGUUUCCACUGGCCCCUGGGGGAGACCCUGUGUCGGGUCACCGCCCUUCUGUUCUACGUCAACACCUACGCAGGGGUCAAUUUCAUGACCUGCCUGGCCGUAGACCGCUUCGUAGCCGUGGUUCUCCCUCUACGUUACACCAGGCUCUGCCGGGCCAGGACCAUCCGCUACGUCUGCGUAGGGGUGUGGGUUCUAGUCCUGGUCCAGACGUUACCCCUCCUCUCCGUGACCAUGACCCGGGCCGAGCCGGACGGGACCACCACCUGCAUGGAGUACCCCAACUUUGAGAACGGGGCCGUGGAGGGACUCCCCUACGUCCUCAUUGGAGCCGUCGUCAUGGGAUACGCCGUUCCCGUUGCAACCAUCCUGUGUUGCUACUUGGUGUUGCUUUGGAAGCUGCGGUUGGUGACGAGAAGUAGAGUCGGUGGGCGAGGUCACAGGUCAUCGAGGAGCCAGAAGGCGACGGGGGUGAUAGCAGGGGUAGUGUUGGUGUUUGUAGUGUGUUUCAGUCCCUAUCACAUCAACAUCCUGCAGUAUAUGAUCCGAAAGCUGAGAUACACACCAGACUGUACCGAGCUCCAGGCCUUUCAGAUGUCUCUACACUUCACUGUGUGUCUCAUGAACUUCAACUGCUGCCUGGACCCAUUUGUCUACUUCUUUGCCUGUAAGGGUUACAAGAGGAGGGUGAUGAAGAUGUUGAGGGUUCAGGUCAGCGUCUCUUUCUGGUCCGAACCGGGGAGGACACCCCCUUCAAACGGGGGGGGGACCCGGGACGGGAGGAGCAGGCUGGGUAGCCACACAGCUUGUCCUGUUGCUUUAGAUGAUCUUACAAAGACCAUUCCUGGGCCAGAGACCGAGACAGGACCCAGAGACUGAGACAGGACCCAGAGACCGAGACAGGACCCAGAGACCGAGACAGGACCCAGAGACCGAGACAGGACCCAGAGACCGAGACAGGACCCAGAGACCGAGACAGGACCCAGAGACCGAGACAGGACCCAGAGACCGAGACAGGACCCAGAGACCGAGACAGGAGUCACGUCCAACCAACUACCCCUGAUACAGGAGUCACAUCCAACCAACUACCCCUGAUACAGGAGUCACGUCCAACCAACUACCCCUGAUACAGGAGUCACGUCCAACCAACUACCCCUGAGGCAGGAGUCACGUCCAACCAACUACCCCUGAUACAGGAGUCACGUCCAACCAACUACCCCUGAUACAGGAGUCACGUCCAACCAACUACCCCUGAGGCAGGAGUCACAUCCAACCAACUACCCCUGAUACAGGAGUCACGUCCAACCAACUACCCCUGAUACAGGAGUCACGUCCAACCAACUACCCCUGAUACAGGAGUCACGUCCAACCAACUACCCCUGAUACAGGAGUCACGUCCAACCAACUACCCCUGAGGCAGGAGUCACAUCCAACCAACUACCCCUGAGGCAGGAGUCACGUCCAACCAACUACCCCUGAGGCAGGAGUCACGUCCAACCAACUACCCCUGAGACAGGAGUCACGUCCAACCAACUACCCCUGAUACAGGAGUCACAUCCAACCAACUACCCCUGAUACAGGAGUCACAUCCAACCAACUACCCCUGAGGCAGGAGUCACAUCCAACCAACUACCCCUGAUACAGGAGUCACAUCCAGCCAACUACCCCUGAUACAGGAGCCACAUCUGGCUGAGUAGCCCCAGAGCCUGUCCUGGUCCUUGAGAUGACCACUACUAGGCCAUAGAGACACAGAACCACUAGGUCUAGACCACUACUAGGCCAUAGAGACACAGAACCACUAGUCUAGACCACUACUAGGCCAUAGAGACACAGAACCACCAGUCUAGACCACUACUAGGCCAUAGAGACACAGAACCACCAGUCUAGACCACUACUAGGCCAUAGAGACACAGAACCACUAGUCUAGACCACUACUAGGCCAUAGAGACACAGAACCACCAGUCUAGACCACUACUAGGCCAUAGAGACACAGAACCACCAGUCUAGACCACUACUAGGCCAUAGAGACACAGAACCACCAGUCUAGACCACUACUAGGCCAUAGAGACACAGAACCACCAGUCUAGACCACUACUAGGCCAUAGAGACACAGAACCACCAGUCUAGACCACUACUAGGCCAUAGAGACACAGAACCACUAGUCUAGACCACUACUAGGCCAUAGAGACACAGAACCACUAGUCUAGACCACUACUAGGCCAUAGAGACACAGAACCACUAGUCUAGACCACUACUAGGCCAUAGAGACACAGAACCACUAGUCUAGACCACUACUAGGCCAUAGAGACACAGAACCACUAGUCUAGACCAGUACUAGGCCAUAGAGACACAGAACCACUAGUCUAGACCACUACUAGGCCAUAGAGACACAGAACCACUAGUCUAGACCACUACUAGGCCAUAGAGACACAGAACCACCAGUCUAGACCACUACUAGGCCAUAGAGACACAGAACCACCAGUCUAGACCACUACUAGGCCAUAGAGACACAGAACCACCAGUCUAGACCACUACUAGGCCAUAGAGACACAGAACCACCAGUCUAGACCACUACUAGGCCAUAGAGACACAGAACCACUAGUCUAGACCACUACUAGGCCAUAGAGACACAGAACCACUAGUCUAGACCACUACUAGGCCAUAGAGACACAGAACCACUAGUCUAGACCACUACUAGGCCAUAGAGACACAGAACCACCAGUCUAGACCACUACUAGGCCAUAGAGACACAGAACCACCAGUCUAGACCACUACUAGGCCAUAGAGACACAGAACCACCAGUCUAGACCACUACUAGGCCAUAGAGACACACGUAUUUGUCCUGGGUUGUAUUCACACCAAACGGAAGAAAAAGGAACUGAAACAGAAAGGGACGACCUGAACUUGUCCAAUAAGAAAUGCUUGUUUUCAUUUGACUUCCUUGCUCACUCUGCUAUUUCAAAACGAAUGUGAAAAAGAUGGAAAUCGAGGUCCCAUAAACACAAGAAAACAGCAGCGCCUUUACAAGGUUCCAGAACUAAACAGAGCCUUUACAAGGUUCCAGAACUAAACAGAGCCUUUACAAGGUUCCAGAACUAAACAGAGCCUUUACAAGGUUCCAGAACUAAAAGGGCCUCCUAAAGCACAGGAUGCUGUAUGCAGAGAUACAAUCCUACCUUUACAAGGUUCCAGAACUAAACAGAGCCUUUACAAGGUUCCAGAACUAAAAGGGCCUCCUACAGAACAGGAUGCUGUAUGUAGAGAUACAAUCCUACCUUUACAAGGUUCCAGAACUAAACAGAGCCUUUACAAGGUUCCAGAACUAAAAGGGCCUCCUACAGAACAGGAUGCUGUAUGUAGAGAUACAAUCCUACCUUUACUGAUUCACCUCGAACAUUUCUGUCACAUCGAUCUUUGUACAGAUAUUUAUGCUUUUCAGAAUUAAAAUGGUUUCACUUCCCAAUA